AUGACUACAAAAGAAUCAGCAACCUACACCCACGGCCACCAUCCGUCGGUCCUCCGCUCCCACACGUGGCGCACGGCCGCCAACUCCGCCGCCUACCUCCUCCCCCACCUCCGCCCCGACAUGCACAUCCUGGACGUCGGCUGCGGCCCGGGAACCAUAACCGUCGAUCUCGCCCGGCUCAUUCCACAAGGCCACAUAACCGGUCUCGAACUGGCCCCGGCAGUCCUCGACCAAGCCCGCGCCCUCGCUGCCUCCAACUCCUUAACAAACAUUACCUUCCAGUCUGGCGACGCCAACGCCCUCCCCUUUGACGAGGGCACUUUUGACGUGGUCGUCUGCCACCAGGUCCUGCAGCAUGUGCGCGACCCGGUCCAUAUCCUCCGGGAGAUGCGCCGCGUCGCAAAACAAGGCGGGCUGGUUGCCGCCCGGGAAUCGGAUUACGCGGGCUUCGUGUGGUACCCGGCCUCACCCGGGCUGGACGUCUGGCGGGAGACGUACCUGAAGGUGACACGGGCGAACGGCGGGGAGCCGAAUGCGGGGCGGAUGGUGCAUGCCUGGGCUCGUGCGGCGGGGUUUGCCCGCGAAGAAAUCAAGUGUAGUUCGAGUAAUUGGUGUUAUAGUACCCCCGAGGAAGUGGACUGGUGGAGUGGGCUUUGGGCGGAGAGGACGGUGGCGUCGGAGUUUGGCAGGACAGCGAGAGAGAAUGCGGGCGUUGAGGGGGAGGAGUUGGAGGGGAUUGCGAGGGCGUGGAGGGCGUGGGGGGGUGAGGAGGAUGCGUGGUUUUCUGUGCUUUCGGGGGAGGUUAUUUGUGUCAAGGGGGGAAGCUGGUAG